AUUUUAAUAAAUGACAAUAGAACUAAUAAAUCAUUGUUCUGAUAAAUUAAAAGAUUUAAUAAGUGCUUUUAAAAUUAAAUUUAUCUUAGGAAAUAUGUUGUACAGCUAAUAACAUUUUUGUUUAAAAAUAUACUUGAGUUACUUAUAGAGGGAGUAAUAGAUCUACUUUCUCUAGUAACUGGUCAGGCAGAAAUCAAAUUUAGUAAUAAUAUUGAUUUUUAACUGAAUGGUAGUGGACAACACGAAGAAUUUAAUAAUUUAUUUCUAAAAAAUCAAGAAUAUAUUUUAAAAUAUAGGCGAAUCAGUAGAAGUAUACUAGAUACGGCCUUGUUCUUGUACGACGUAUACUAUCCAUCCUGAAAAUACUAAUCGCCUUGUGCCCACCCACCAAGAUGGCUCCUUUAUGGGGCAAUACUCGAUGUUUGACGUGAAGUUAUUUACACACUUAGAAUUAAACGAUCAUCGAAGCAAGUUCUAGACAUUUUUCGGUGCACCGUGAAUAUAAAAAAUAUCAGGAAAGAGUGUGUGCUGUACAGUAGUGAAGAAUCGAUUGAGUUCCUUAAGAAAAAAUUAUACGGACGGCCGGUUGGUACUAGUUCAGUCCGUCGAACAAAAUCUUAGACAGAUAUACAGUGUUAUUCCAAAGAAUGCUUUAUAAGACAAGAUAAAGUUUAAAGAUUGUCUAAUAGCACUAUAGAUCUGUGCUAUUUCUAACAAUGUAAUUUUAUCCAUCACACAACAAGAGUAACUUCAAAAUAACAGAGCUCAAAUGAUAUUUUGGCAAAUGUCAUUUGUUUAUAAUCGCUUACAUAUAAAUUUGUACAUUGUACAAAAGCUUGAUGUAUGAUAUUCAAUCAAUGUGAGAGAAGAAAAAGGAUAAAAUAAGAGUAGAUUAUUAAAGAUGUUACCAAAGGGAGGCAGUGCUGAUUUUCAUAUAAACUUUUAGAUCUGAUAUAAUGACCAAAGGGAUAUACAUAAAUUUUUAAUAGUGGCAAAAAUAAAUGGAUAAGAAAAAUUAUUAUUAGUGGUACUUAAAAAUGUCCUGAGUAAAAAUUGCAGAAGGAAAGAUUUUUAUUUUCACACUUAUUAAUGAUAUAAGUGAUCAAGUUAAGCUUUAAAGAUGGCAAGAAAAAGUGAUAAUAUCAAAACUAUCAAUGUUGCCAUUGUUGGUCUUUCUGGUACUGAGAAAGAUAAAGGACAAGUUGGUGUUGGAAAGUCAUGUUUGUGUAAUCGUUUUAUGCGUUCUUUGAAUGAUGAUUAUAAUGUGGACCAUAUAUCAGUGUUAUCGCAGUCGGAUUUUAGUGGCAGAGUGGUAAAUAAUGAUCAUUUCCUCUAUUGGGGUGAAGUUACAAAACCAGCAGAGGAUGGAUCAGAAUAUCAAUUUCAAGUGAUAGAGCAUACUGAAUUUAUAGAUGAUGCAUCCUUUCAGCCUUUUAAAGGUGGUAAAAUGGAACCUUAUGCAAAAAGAUGUGCAGCCACUAAAAUUACCAGUGCAGAAAAGCUUAUGUACAUUUGCAAAAAUCAAUUAGGUAUAGAAAAAGAAUAUGAACAGAAAGUUUUGCCAGAUGGUAAAUUAAAUAUUGAUGGUUUUUUGUGUGUAUUUGAUGUAAGCGUUGUACCAAACAGAUCUAUAGAGAAACAGGUGGAUAUAGUGGCAAACAUACUGAACAGUUUGAUGAAAACCAAAAAGCCAAUCAUUUUGGUAACAACAAAGAAUGAUGAUGCAAAUGAACAGUAUGUAAAAGAAGCUGAAAAAUUGGUAAUACGUAAAGAAUAUAAAGGUUCCAUUUUAAUAGUUGAAACUUCUGCACAUGAAAAUAUCAAUAUUGAUUUAGCAUUUAUGAUUUUGGCUCAAUUAAUUGAUAAAACUAAAAUGCGCAGUAAGGUAACACCGUUUGCAGAAGCAGCUAGAUCUAGGAAAGAACUUUUAGAUGCAUCAACAGAAUCUUUACAAAGAUUGAUUCGAAUACACGUUACCGAUUACCGCGCAUUGUGGUCUCAAGCUUCUAAAAAGUUAGCUCAGCACAAAGAAUUCUCAACAUUCGUGGAAUUAUUUGGUAUCGACGCAACCCAAAGAUUAUUUAGGCGACAUAUUAAAAAAUUAAAAGAUGAACAAGUAGCAAAGAAAAUUCAAGGAUACCUGGAUAUGUUACCCGAUAUUCUUCAUGAAAUAUGUCCUGAUAUAACAAAUUUGAUCAAUGAGGAGUGGUCGGCAGUGCAACAGUACAUAAAAGAACAUCCUGAUUUUCAUCAGUAUUUUUAUGAAUGUCCUGAGGAUAUUCCAUGGAUUGAUUGUGAUUUUGGUGAAAAUAAUGGAACAAAGAUUCCUUAUGAUGUUUUAGAAACUCCAGAAGCUGAAACUGUUUUUAAAAAUCAUAUAAAUGUGCUGCAACAAGAACAACGGCGAUUAGAACUUCCCAAAAGAUGGAAAAAGCAGUUUAAGCAGUUGCUGGAAGAAACUGGAUAUGUUACACCAGGGAAACAUUUAUCCGAGGUCAGAGUGCUUUUCAUGGGUAGAGAAUGCUUUGAAGCUCUUUCCCACCAUGAUUGUCAAGAAAUAUAUGAUCAACACCAAAAGGAAAUCAUUGAAAAGGCCAAACAUAAUUUUCAAGAACUAUUAUUAGAACAUGCUGAUUUGUUCUAUCACUUCAAAAGUAUAGCACCAUCUGGAACUAUAACACAAGAUGAUAUUAAAGAGAUAACAGAUGCAUUAGUGGAUGACUUUAGGUAUAAGGCUUUAGAUAGAUUAGAUCAAGAUAGAAAAUUAAUGCUUUUUCAACAUUUGGGAUUUGUACACUGUCCUAUAAGAGAGCAUUGUCCAGCUUAUCCAAAUUGUAUGGAUGCACUUAUAGAACGGAUACUUGGAACAAAAGCACAUAGGCCUUCUUCGUGGAAUCAUAGCAGUCAGUGGCAGUUAACAUCUGAUAAUAAUCAAUUAAAUUUAGUUAUACUUGGAAGCAAUGGCCUUGGCGAGGAAUUUGCUCGUGAAAUAAGAGCACAAACAGAGGAUGACGAAGUAGAAAUUGAUUGUCAGUUAUAUACACUUGGAUAUCGAAUUAUCGAUGGUGAUGUCGGAUUACCGCACAAUUCAUUUACUACUUCAGACUUCAUGCCCCAUGGAUCUUUUUGUAUUUACUCAAAUGAGGAUUCAUUCGAAUAUAUUCGAUCGUCUUUAGAGAAAACAUUAUUAUCGAAUUUAGAGCAAGAGGAUAGGUUACCAUUUCAAGGAUUACCUAUCGUCAUUAUGUUUGUACCAGAAUCUACUAUAGACGAACUGGAAGCAAUACGACUUAAGGAAGAGGGUCAGAAUCUUGCUGAUAGCUUACAGUGUCCAUUUAUCGAUGUCUGCAUAGAAGAUUUAGAACAAGAUAAAAGAUUUCCUACUCCGCUUGUGAAAGAUGCAUUACAACAACUGAUACAAUCUAUAAAUCAUAGAGCUGGUUUUCUAAAUAUUUAUCAAAGUGUUAUUGAGUGUUUGGAACCUGAUAUAAGAAUAAUAAUGUGUAUGUUUUGUGGAGAUCCAUAUUCCGUGGAAAACGUACUCGGACCUUUACUCAAUCAUCAGUGUUGUUUUCUUAGCGGCGAUCGAUCGAUUGUUUUAGAAACAUUUCUAGGAGAAUCGAAACGAAGAGUUGAAGUUAUUAUUUCAAGUUUCCAUGGGGCGAAUGCGUUUAGAGAUGAAUUAGUACACGGCUUUAUAUUGGUCUACUCCACAAAAAGGAAAGCAUCCCUCGCAACGCUUAAUGCAUUUUCCAUGAAUAUACCAAACUUACCGAUACAAAUAAUGGCUGUGACUGAUACUGGAGGUGCUAAUGCUUUCUUCAGUAAUGAUUUGAGUCAUUUACUUAUCACAGAGGGAAACGCAAUUGCGGAUAAAUUACAAGCCCACUUUAUGACCUCGGCAUCCAGUUGUCAACAAAAAACGGCCUUUUAUACACCAUUUUUCAAAGAAGUUUGGGAGAAAAAGCCUGAAAUUGAACAAGCCUUUAAUAUGGAAGAACCAGGCAAUUUGAAUGAUAGUGGUGAAGGUACUCUAGAGUAUUCUGCAUUACACCCUAUGCCACCACCACGACAUGAAAGUUAUCAUCUUCAGACACCAGAUGAUGGUAUGUCUGUAACUUUCAGAAGCGGUUCUGAGUCGUAUGAACAGUUAACCCCGGAUGGUGACCUUGGAGAUACAGGACUGAAUGAACAAUUUGCAGACAAUAGAGCCACACCUAGCGAUGACAGUGAUAUUUAUAGCCAAGUAGAUUUUUACAGGGAAGAAAGGGAAAGAGAAUUGUUAAAAUCUGGCGAUAUUACGAACAAAUUAGCCGGAUGGGUGAAGGAUACGUUUAUGCACCAAGAUGGAGUAACUAAUAGUUACUCGCAUAGAGCUUUUACUACGGGUAGACGUCACAUUUCUCAAGCGAAACCGCGACCAAAAGGAAAUAGCCAAACUUUAAAACAGCCUGGAAAGAUAAAUUUGAAAGAUUUCUCGAAUGUAACAGAUGCCAUAGCCAGAAUGACAGUAGGCGAAAAGGAUGAACACGGUCCUAAAUUGACAAUGGGUCAUGCUCCUCUUGCUACACCCGAAUUAGUAGAUCUUGGCUCUGAAUAUGCUCAAGUUAAAGAUGUGGUACCAAGCCUAUAUCCUCCUUAUGACGGCGAUUAUAUGUAUGCUUUAGUACAAGACUCUAUCGGAAAUAAUAAACCUAAGCUACGUCACAGACGCGACAAGGGACAACCCUCGUACAGUGAUUCUGAUUCGGAAUGGAGUUCCUUGGAAAGGCAAAAGGUAGCUGACGUAUUAGGAAAAGCGAAUAAGAAACCACCAUCGCACAAGAGGAUACGAAAAAAACGUACAGCUAUACCUGUUGCUGCACCAAAAGUUCCGUCUUUAGCUAGUAUGGGAAGCGGAGAUGGUAUUGUUGGCCUGAAUUACAAUAUCAAAGAAGAUAAAAAUUGGCGUGUAAACCCAGCAGAGCGUGUAUCCAGCGAAACGCCAGAUUCUUCCGAGUCCAGUGAUCCGGAGCACACUUCCAGAUCAAGAUCCAAACAAUACAAACAUGCGGCCGCUAGUCUGCGAAAAAGAUUCGGAAAUUCAUUGCCGCAGCAACACCUAUCAACGUCGUUACAACAUCCUUACAAUGUGAAACAUAUGACCCAAGAGAUGUUUAGUGCUUCCUCGAAGCACAGGAGUGACAAUACCUUUGGCAACAUUCCAGAUGAUGAAUCCAGCCUAGACGUUUCUUCCCCACGAGAGAUUAAUUCUCCCAGUAUAUUUUAUUUUGAUAUCUUAAACAAGGUCAAAGAUGGUGAUAAAUUGAACAGAAAGAAGGAUAAACAGAAAGCAAAAGAAGAUGAGAAAUUAGAGAAACGCCGACAAAAAGAAGAAAAGUUAAAGAAACACGCGGAAAAGGAAAAGGAGAGAGAAAAGAAAAAGCAAGAGAAAAUAAAGCAAACUAAAGGACCUGGGGCAGCAUUGACCAUGAGCCAACCACUAAUUGAAGAUUUUGCUCAGAGUGAAACAAAUCGAAUACCCCUGUUUCUGGAAAAAUGUGUGCAAUUUAUUGAAGACGAAGGAUUAGAUUCUGAGGGGAUAUAUAGGGUUCCUGGAAACAGAGCACACGUGGAACUUUUGUUUCAAAAAUUCGAAGAGGAUGGAAAUGUCGAUAUACAUUCACUAGACAUACCUGUAAAUGCUGUUGCAACUGCUUUAAAAGAUUUCUUUUCAAAGAGGCUACCACCAUUGAUCGAUAAAGAUCGCAUGAGUGAACUUGAGGAUAUAUCGGGAGCACGUGGUAUCAGUAAACCAAUGUCCGCAACAUGUAUGAAUAUGGAAGAUCGAAGCUGCAGGUUAUUAGCACUACGUUUAAUGCUCAACAAGUUGAAUCCAGUAAAUUUUGAUGUACUCAAAUUUAUCUUUCAUCAUUUUGUAAAAGUUGCUGAAAAUUGUAAACUGAACAGUAUGGACAGUAAAAACUUGGCAAUCUGCUGGUGGCCUACAUUAUUACCUAUAGAAUUUAAUGAUCUUGGCAGAUUUGAAGCGAUGAGACCAUACUUGGAGGACGUAGUUCAAACGAUGAUCGAUCAAUAUCCUUUCCUGUUUUGUGGUGAAGAAGCAAUCGUAAUGGUGUAGUAAAAGACUACAUAACUUUUUAAUUGUACAACUAGAACUUUGUACGAACAUCAGAAAAAAAAAACAAAAAACUGUUGUGCAUCUAUAUUGAUGCGGAUCGGUUUUUUGCAAACGUUCAGUCCUUCGGGUCACGAGAAGAAACGAUUGGUCUCGCUAUGUUUAUAAUAUUUAAGAUUUUAUCGUAGUAUGUUUGAACUACGAUUAGAAUAAUCCUCGUGACGCAAAAAAGACCGAACAAAUUAAUUUAAGUUUACGUAUUCGUUCCAUUGCGAGGUGUGACUGGCGGAGUGAUAGAUAAUGGCCCUAAUGACGGCCGUUUACAGGCCCAAUAAUAACGCGAAUAAUAAAAAAAAGUCAAUCCAUGUGUCAUAACAGUAUGCAUGUAUCAUGUUGGGUGUAUUCAGAGCGAUGUAUUUAUUAACAUAUAUUUAGAUAUAAGACUCGAUAUUUGAUAAUAGCGAAUAAUCGUAGUGAGCUCGAUGUUGCUUUUUUAUCUGAUGAUUUAAAAAAAUUUCUUUUCUUUCUGUUGUAUUUUUUUUUUUACAGAAUAAGAAACUGCCGUAUGCGAUGUGUGCGCACGUGCGUGUGUGAGAGAGGGGGAAGAGAAAUGGCGCAAUCUCAUAAAGGAAUAUUCGUAUUCUAAACGCGUUAAAGACAUUAUCAUGGACUGUACGUAAUCUCAUAUACAUAUUUUCUUGAAUUCUUACACAUUUUAUACAGCAAUGAUAUCAAAAAGUGGCAAAUACUUUUACAAAUUCGAUUUUUGGAUUAAUCGAUUAUCGUUUUGUUCAGUCUCGAAGAUACUUUUCAAAUUCGCAACUUAUAGAUUUAUCUCGAAUCAGUAUUUUCAGAAUACUCAGUUUGAUUUAAUGGGGCUGUUUAAGCUCGUUGGUGAUACAAUUCAUAAUAUAUCCAUUCCGUCUGAAUGAAAAAGAAAAAUGACAAAAAAAAAGAGAAAAAAGGAGGAAACGAAAAAGCGUCACAUAUUAUAAUUGUGGUUUUUUCAAGAUGUGCAGCGAGUAAGUGUUUAUGUCAAAGCGAAUUGUAAGAAUAUCGAUACGGUUUUAAUUACUAAGGUAAACAUUUUCAAGAUUUCCGAAUUUAUAACAAAUUACGGGAAUACUAAAUACUAAGAACAAUACUUAGAAUCACACAGACACUUUUUUCAAGUUUCAUAAAAGCGAACAUGUACAUAAGAUUAUAAGAUUGUACGCUACGAAAAAGUUUAUAACGAGUACCGAGAGGAUCGAUAAUCGAUACUUUUCGAGAUUAUUCAGUGGUCGCCGUAACGUUCACAAGAAUCGCUUUUAUUCUUUAUUUCUUUUUUUUACGCGAUGCAUGUUAUUCGAAACUAUGUAAGUGACUAAUAGACGAAGGUUCGUGUUUUUAAUCGCGUAUUUGUAUUUUCUGUAACAAACGUUUCGUCUGUAUUUAUAAAAAGGUAUUUAUAAAUAUUUCAUUCUAUUUCUCGAACAACUACGUAGAUUAACCACGACAGCAAAGUUUGUAAUCGGUCGUCGAACUAUACCCGCCAUUGUUUCUUUUGUACCUGCUGUGUUAUCCUUAACGACGAAUUUAUUUGGCGAAAACUGUAAUUACAAAAAAACUUGCGCACAUCAAUUUCUUGUGUGUUCUCAUGGAUAAUAGUUCUGACGAUCGUCGUUAGUGUCCUAAGGAUAAAAUUCGAUGAUAUAUGAUAGCAAACAUCAACAAAUCAAACGACUGAGCCAUUAGAACUGUGAUGUAGUUACUUGUUUUUAAAUAAUGUAUAAUAGUAAUCAUUGAAAAGCAAACGGAUUAUUCCACGAUGCUUAGAACAGAA